CGAGUCCAGGCCGGCCAAACGGCGCAUACAGAGGAUCGAAUCAGACGACGAGGAUGAAGAGGUGAUGGUUGCUGAGCGGUCCUCGUACGACCCGCCCGCCCGGAGCUCUCGGCGGAAGAAAGCCCGGCACGCCAGUCGGGAGGCGGCAGCUGGGUCGGAGGACGACGACUAUGCGGAGGGUGAUAUGGACGUCGACGUCGACAUUGACGGCGAUAUUGAAGACACACGCUUCCUCCCCGAACCUCACCACGGGACUUCGCGCUCGAUUUCGCCGGCACCGGCGAAGCGGCGACUGUCAAACGCGGCGGCUUCGUCGAGCAAGGCCCGUGGGAAGGAGGCGAAGUCCUCCAAGAACAAGACAUCGUCGAAGAAGCCGCGGAGACAGGUUGUGUGGACAGAUGAUGAAGACGACGACUUCGAUGAUCCGGAGGUCGUGGUCACCGACGACGACGAUUUCGAUCCCGAGCCAGACUAUUCAUCGAGCAAGAAGGGCGCGAAGGGCAAGAUGGGGAAGGCCAUUGUGGGGAAACCGAGCGCAAAGAGCAAGGGUGGAAGGGACAAAGACGAGAAGGAGAUCAUCUUCCGGGACGAGCGCAGGCUUCCUACGACCGCCUCAGACCCCUCUAGGCGCCCCAAAGCUCACGACGAGGUGCCAGUGAGCAGCGCUUUCGCGGCAGACCUCAUGGAUGAGGCAAGCCUGCCCAAGAAGCGGAAGCUCCCCACGAUCAAGAAGAACAAACCGUCCACAGCGGGCUCGACUGCCCCUUCCACGCCGUCCGCCCCCAAGCCUCUUCCAGCGGUGAUGGAGAAGAGCCAAACUUCGCGCACGCCCGCGCCAACGAGCAAUCAGGUUGGUACUCGUAAGCCCGCGGGGGCUUCCGCGGAUAUCAAUCUGCUGGAUUCGUCCGUAUACUCAGAGCUCUUCAAAAGCACGCAACCGGGCGUGUCCACUCCGAACUCUGGCUUGAACAGGAAGCAGAAAGAGGAGGAGCGCAGGAAGGAGCUCAACCGCAUGCGAGACGAGGCCCGUGCCAAACGUAAUGCAGACACAAAGAAUGCCUUCGAUCUCCAAGCCUCUCCCGAGAAGAUCGAGCGAUUCGUGCUGCACCGCUUGCGACACUCCACGGCGCGCUUUCCCAACGUCCUUGGUGCCACCUUCAAAGAGAUGCACGACCGAACUCGCGUCCCCAUUUCGACCUCGGCCUCUACAUCCACACCCGUCCUUGCUGGCGAGCAACGCUGAGCAACAGCAUGCCCAUGUAUUCGUACCACAUCUGAUGUAGCAUAGUGCCCUCUUAUCUUGGGCAGAUUGGACUCUCACCGUAUACCCUAUAGCCUCAUCGUCC